AGCUGUUGGGCAGCAUCCCCGAGCUCCUUCUUGCCCAAAUGCUUUGGAAACUGUCAACAGAAACCCAGAGGCCAUGGAACGUGACGGGCGACUAUAACUAUGCAGAAGAGAUGGAGGCCAAAUAGCAGACCCAUGGGGCCGGGCCUCGCGGGGGUCGGGGACCUGGAGCCGGGCCCUCAGCGCCGCGGCCGCGCGGGCGGUGCCAAGACCGAGCAGGCGGCGCCGGCGCACUCCGGGCACCGAGCUUGCAAAAGGGGCCCCGAGCCGGCGGCCGGACGCCUGGCAGACAGCGAGCAGCGGGCGCAGCGGCCGCCACCCCGGGGCUCCUCGGCCGACCCUCCGCCCGCCGCCGCCGCCGCGCCCGGCCCGCUCCCGCCGGGCCCCCGACCCGAGCCCCGGAGGCGCCCGCUCUCGCCGGCCGCGCGGCCUGGCUGCAUGGAGCCCGGCACAGUGCCCCGCCCGGCCGAGCCCGCCGCGGGCCGGGAAGCCGCCGCCCGCCACGGCGAGGCCAGGAAGAAAAUGGCGGCGACCGUGGCGGCGGCGGCGGCCUCGCACGCGCCGCUGACGCCAAUGGCGCGCGCCGGCCGGCGGGCCGCGGAUGGCGGCGGCGGCGGCCCGGGCUCUGGCGAGGGGCGGGGCGAGGCGGGGAGGGGGCCGGCCGGAGGCGGAGGCCGGGCCCGAGGCUGGAGGGAGGUGGCGGGGACGCUGUGUUGUGCUCGGAACAUGGCGGGCGUCGGCGACGCGGCCGUCCCGGGAGAGGGUGGCGGCGCGGACGGCCCGGAGCGGGACCGGCGCGGCGAGGCGGAGCAGCCGGGCGGCGGCGGCCACGGGCCCCCGCCGGCGCCUCAGCACACGGAGACGCUGGGCUUUUACGAGAGCGACCGGCGGCGGGAGCGGCGCCGCAGCCGCGCAGAGCUUUCAUUGUUGAGGUUCCUCACUGCUGAAUUAACAAGAGGAUACUUCCUUGAACAUAAUGAGGCCAAGUAUACAGAAAGAAGAGAAAGAGUAUACACUUGUAUGCGAAUACCAAGAGAAUUGGAAAAGCUCAUGGUGUUUGGAAUCUUUCUGUGCCUGGAUGCGUUUCUGUAUGUGUUCACCCUGCUUCCUUUGAGAGUUUUUCUGGCACUGUUCAGGCUCUUCACUCUGCCUUGCUAUGGCUUAAGGGACAGACGUUUGCUCCAGCCUGCCCAGGUGUGUGACAUUUUGAAGGGUGUCAUUUUGGUCAUCUGCUAUUUCAUGAUGCACUAUGUCGACUACUCCAUGAUGUAUCACCUGAUACGGGGGCAGUCGGUCAUCAAGCUCUACAUCAUCUACAAUAUGCUCGAGGUAGCAGAUCGUCUGUUUUCAUCAUUUGGACAAGACAUAUUAGAUGCUCUCUAUUGGACAGCAACAGAGCCUAAAGAAAGAAAAAGAGCCCACAUCGGGGUGAUUCCUCACUUUUUCAUGGCCGUUCUCUAUGUCUUUUUGCAUGCAAUUCUUAUAAUGGUUCAAGCAACAACUCUCAACGUAGCUUUUAAUUCACACAACAAGUCACUGCUUACUAUCAUGAUGUCUAAUAAUUUUGUUGAAAUUAAAGGAAGUGUUUUCAAGAAGUUUGAAAAGAACAAUCUUUUUCAAAUGUCAAAUAGCGAUAUUAAGGAACGAUUCACAAAUUAUGUGCUUUUGCUAAUAGUGUGUCUAAGAAACAUGGAACAGUUUUCUUGGAAUCCAGAUCAUCUCUGGGUGUUGUUUCCAGAUGUCUGUAUGGUGAUUGCAUCAGAAAUUGCUGUAGAUAUUGUAAAACAUGCCUUUAUCACCAAGUUCAAUGACAUUACUGCAGACGUCUACAGCGAAUAUAGAGCCAGCCUCGCUUUUGAUCUUGUUAGCAGCCGACAGAAAAAUGCGUAUACUGAUUACAGUGACUCUGUGGCACGGAGGAUGGGGUUUAUUCCUCUCCCACUAGCUGUUUUACUCAUCAGAGUUGUAACAAGCUCAAUUAAAGUGCAAGGAAUCCUGUCUUAUGCCUGUGUCAUACUCUUCUAUUUUGGGUUGAUAUCCCUGAAAGUACUUAAUAGCAUCGUGCUAUUGGGAAAAUCAUGCCAAUAUGUGAAAGAAGCCAAAAUGGAAGAAAAGUUGUUUAACCCUCCCCCAACCAACACUCCAGGCAAACCAUCCAGUAAAUCACAAAACAGAUGUAAACCUUCCCAAGAAGAAAACCUUUCUGCUUCGGUCACCAGCCAGCCGGUUCAUCAAAAGGAAAAUGUCAUACCAUUACUUGUGACAAGUAAUUCUGAUCAGUUUCUGACAACUCCAGAUGGUGAUGAGAAGGAUAUAACACAGGAAAACUCUGAAUUAAAACACAGAUCCUCAAAGAAAGAUUUGUUAGAGAUAGACAGGUUCACAAUUUGCGGAAACCGAAUUGACUGAAUUCUGCGCCUCAGUGUGCCGAAGCUGCUGAG